GUGGUGCUUAAUUUUGUCUUCAAAUAUAUUCACUCAUACACGUUUUGCCAUUAAUUGAUUUAAUUCUAUCAUAGUUUUAAUUUGUUGUGUUUGGAUUUUAAGUAAAGUUUGGUACUAUUUAGCUCAUAGCAUAACAUGGAUAGAGAAGAAGGUGGAACAUUGAUCAUGGGACGUGCAGAGAUUGACACUGGAGCUCCAUUCAAGUCAGUUAAGGAAGCUGUUCUUUUGUUUGGAGAAAGAGUCUUAGCUGGAGAAAUUUAUGCCAACAAGCUCAAAGAGAUGCAAAAUGAAGAAAAUGAAAGAGAGAGUGCACAAUCCAAAACUGGAGCAUUAGCAUCUGAGCUAGAAGAAACAAAGCAAAAACUUGAAGGAACAAAAGAAGAAGCUAACUUCCUAGCUCAAUGCAUCAAAUCCCUCAAAAAGGAACUAGACCAAACAAAGAAAGAGUUGGAAGAGACAAAGGCAAGAGAAUUGAAGUUGCUACAACGAUGCGCUAUUCCAGAGACAACCGAAGACAUCAAGUUCAUAGCAAAUGCAACCAACAAGGAUAUCAAAACACAAACCAAUAACAACGACGAUGAUGAUAACGAGGAAACAAUCCAAAAAAGAAGAUAUGUGAAAUUUGCUAGCCCUCAUGUAUUAGCUCAUGUUAUUCCUAAUAAAGAUGAGUUACUUGUGAGACCUAAUUCAAUCAAGAAAGGUAAGAAAAAGACAAUGAUGCCUUUGAUAGGAUGGCUUUUCUCUAAAAAGAAGGGAAGCCAUGAAGUUGACUCUCCAAAAGCUUAAGGAGUGUUACUACAUUAAUAAUUCCAUGUUAUUACUUUUCCUUAUUUUCCUUGCCAAGUUCUUGUUUUGGUAGUGAAACAAUGUAGGAAGAGUUUCCUUCUCUCGAUAGAGUUAUUGAAGAGAAAGUGAAUAAACAGUGACUUUGUGCAA